GCAUUGCGUGCUGUCAUUUCUUUUCAUUCUCCGCGCAGUCGUUCAUUCUCAUUCGUGGUUCUGCUUUUCAGCUGAUUGUUAAAAUUGGUCGUGUUUAAUAAUUUUCGUCGUCGUAGUUUUACGUGCUAGCUAUUUAUCGGAAUAAUGGUUACUAAAGACUUUACUUCUCGUUGAUCGAAUCUCGGUGCCCAUCGGAACUGACUGUGUAUUUAAUGUGAUGUGUAUCUUUGUUUACUUGUGUAAAAUGUUAUGAUUUGUGAAAAUGAAGUGCAAUUUUUAUGUGGAACAGUUUGAAGAAAUAUCUAUAAAGAGAUAGGAAGUUCUCGGACAGACGAUGGAUGAUGAAGAAGCUGAUCUGCGUGAACAGAUAUUCCACAAUAAUGUCAGGGAGCAAAUUAUAUUCCUGCUCCUCUUCAUAUUACUUUACCUCCUCUCGUUCAUGGUGAUAGAGAAGUUCCGUCGCCGGGACAGCGAGGAUUGCUUUUCCACCGACGAGGAUGAGGUGAAAGUAUACCGCAUCAGCCUGUGGCUGUGUACCCUGGCGCUGGCGGUGUCGCUCGGCUCGGCACUCCUGCUGCCCGUCUCGAUAGUCAGCAAUGAAGUGCUCAUACUGUACCCCAACAGUUACUACGUGAAAUGGCUGAACAGCUCCUUGAUACAGGGGCUGUGGAACCACGUGUUUCUAUUCUCAAAUUUAUCUCUCUUCGUGUUCCUGCCGUUCGCGUACCUAUUCUCGGAGUCCUCGGGCUUCCCUGGAUGCCGGGGGCUGCGGGGGCGCGUGUACGAGACCUUCAUAGUGCUGGCGCUGCUUGGCGUCGCCAUGUUGGGACUGGCGUACGUCAUCUCCGCCUGGCUCGAAGGCGACCGCUCCAGUAUUGACGCUCUACUUAAUCUAUGGACAUACUUGCCAUUCCUGUACUCCUGCGUAUCCUUCGUCGGAGUCCUAAUGCUGCUGGUGUUCACCCCGCUGGGCUUCGUGCGUCUGUUCGGCGUGGUGAGCGCGGUGCUGGUGAAGCCACAGUUCUUGCGAGACUUGCACGAGGAGUACUACGUGUACUCCUGUGAGGAGGAGACUCUAAGGCGGCGUAUACAGAACGCCGUUGCCACAGGAGCAGGCUACAUAUCCCCAGAGCCGAUGUACCCGGACCGCGGCGACGUAUCGGCGUCGAUCAACCCGGACCUAUCUAUGAAGGGCAGUCGCUCGUCGCCGCUCGGCAAGGAGACUCCUCUGCUGCGGCUGAGGAAUGGAGCGCUGCAGGCGGGGCUCGCUGACCGGCUGCACACAGUUGUUGCUGCUAGGAAGGAGGUGGAAAGCCAGCGCAAGACGUCGUCGUUCCAGCGCAACGUGGUGUACCCGCUGGCGAUGCUGCUCCUCCUCGCUACCACAGCUAUCACCGUGCUCAUGGUGCUGCAGAAUACCCUGGAGCUGCUCAUCGGGAUCAAGGCUCUACCGCUUAGCACCAGGCAAUUCACCCUGGGCAUAGCGUCGCUGUCCAAGCUGGGCUGGGCGGGCGCGACGCUGGAGGCGCUGCUGAUCCUGUACCUGCACGUGGCGUCGCUGGCGGGGCUGUCGGCGCCCGUGCGCGCGCUGCGCCUGCUGCCGCGGCCGCGCCGCACGCCGCUGGCGCGCAUCAUCGCGCUGUGCGCGCUGCUGCUCAUGCACUCCACCGCGCAGCCGCUGCUGGUCAAGAUAUUGGGUAUAACAAACUUCGACUUACUCGGCGAAUUUGGCCGCAUCGAAUGGCUGGGCAACUUCAAGUUGGUUCUGCUGUACAACGCGAUAUUCGCAGCCACCGUCACUUUGUGUCUCGUCAGCAAGUUCACAGCCAGUGUCAGGAGAGAGCUGUACAACAGAUUCAAGUGGGUGGCAGAUAUGUUCACGAUUGAGGAACCUGUGAAACCUCCGCGAGCCUCGGCGGAGAGAACCAUUAUACUGCAGAAAACCGAUCCUGUACCAUCAGCACCUGUGGCUGUAGCAGAUCAGGAUACAGAGCAUCAGAAGACAGAGUAGAAUUAUAAUUAGUCUCACGGAUCAGUAAGAUUUGACGAUAGUUUAUUUCGCUACAGAAUUAAGUAUGUGCCACCCUUAGGGUGGAAAUUCGAACACCGGAAGUCAAUGGUGUCGAUUUGGGCAACCACCAACUUUAACUUAAUUUGACAAGACUAAAACUCGCUCCAUCUCUUUCUUGCGCGUAUUGUCAGUGAAGGACGGCACUAGUUUAAGAUCUGUCAAAUUAGAAUUAGGUUCAGUUUGUGUGCGCCCGAAUAGGCAUCAAUUUCAAUACCGUAAACGCUAAAAUAUCCUAGUUUUUUCGUUUUGCAAAUAUCGAGUCAGAACUUAUGUAUAGUGCCAACUUACGUAAGUAAUAACUGGAUAUUUGCAAACAGACAAAAGAUUCUUGGAUAUUCUUAUGUUGACUUCAGUUGUGCGAAGAACUACUCCUUAACAUGUACGAAACAUGGACUCAACUUACUUUCUCGGACAAUCAGGUGUCUCCACCUGCAAUUUCGUAACAAGUCUCAAAAAAGUUAUCUACUUAUAAAAUAUUGCAAUUUUUUCUUCAAAUACCUACUUUAAUCUCAAGUAAUCAGUACAGUAACUAAUAAAUAAAUAGUAGAUAUUGGUUUUUUAACCAAUUUUAACCUUGAUUUGAAGGAAUCCAUUUUGAGGAAAGAACUUCUAGAUGAUUACAGGUUUCGAGUGCACUCCACUCUCAAUCUGCCUUCGGACAAUGUUCUACUGUUAGUAUUUUAAUGUUUAAAUUAUAGAUUGUACAAAAUAUUUUUCCAAUCUGUGAUGCUUAAUUUUAUUUUUUUAUUAUAAUGUAAUUGUAUGUUUGAUUAAGAAAUAUUAUUAUUAUAAAUUGCCAUUUUUUAUCUGAAAUAUAAAUACAGUAUUUCAUUGUUCAAUUA